GUCAAACCACAGGUUCAUUCGCGCACAGGCUGCGCACGGGGGCAUGUGUAAUUGCUAAAUAGUUAUUGGAAUGGAUCUGAAUGACUGAGUUGACAAAUAUGCCACCAUUUUAGUUUUUUAGAUUUGAUAUGUAAUAUUUUAUUAUGUGGCUAUUUCCAUUAAAUCAGGAGCUAUGGAUCGACUUGGUGAAUGGAGUUUCAAACCGAAGAAGAUGAAAGUGGAAUUGGAGGAUGGUUUUUAUUUUGAUUAUGAUGCGGGAGAAAUAUCUGAUUAUCAAGACCCCAAUCAACUUUUAGCUGCUUUGAAACAAAAGGAGGAAGAAGUCCUUUUGGCGGCCCAGCUGGGAAAUGCAUUGCUUUUGGAAAAUCGUCAGUUGAAAGAACAGAGCGACAAACUUAAUGAACAGUAUGCAUACAAACUUGAGGAGUUGGAGCAGAGCAGGCAUGAUCUGCGGUUGAAGCUGGAGGGUUGCCAGUCUGGGUGGGUGAGCCAGGUUGGGGACCUGGAGAGAGACAUGAGGGAUCUGAGUGGCCAGGUGGCCAGGCUGACCCAGGCCCUGACCGACGCAGAGAGGGACAAGACCAGGGCCCAGGAGGAAGACGCAGAACACACCCAGCGCCUCAGAGAACAGCUCAGCACCGCGAUGGAGGUGGAGAGGGCAAUGACCAGUCAACUGCAGACCCUGAAACUGGAGCUCCGUCAGAGAGGCCACCAUAACAGACCACAGGAUGAGGAGCUGCUCAGUGCCAUGAGUGAACAGGUGGUGCGUCUGUCCCAGAGGGGUCAGGCUCUAGAGGAGCAGCUGGAGAGUGUGUGUCAGGAGAACGCAGACCUACGGGACAGACUGGCCUCCCUACACACACUACAGGACCAACACAACCAGCAGCAGAGCCAACAGCUGAAGGAGGCAUGGCAGGAGGCUGCGGCUGCGAGGGAGCGUUCCCAGCAGCUUCAGGUCCAGGUGGAGGAGAUGCAGGAGGAGGUCUCUCUGCAGUACAGGAGUAGCCAUGGAAACACAUCCCUACUGUCUGAGCUGGAGACCAGUCUGGACACCAUGGGCUUGGGUCAUGACAGAGAACAGAUGACCCAGGAGGUUCUGUCCAUCCUGGAGCUCCUGCGACCCCUGACCCGGGUAGUAAAGACUCCAGAGAGGUCAGAGUUUAUAGGUCAGGAGGAAGGAGAUCUGCAGGCCAUGCUCCUACAGUUAAAGGGUUUAGCUCAGAAACUGGCCAACCACACCCACAUCCCACAGCUCCAGGAAGAGAAUGCUGAGCUGAGGCUGAGGCUCGGAAACAGACAGGAUGAAGAAGAGGUGGCCCAACAGGCCAUCAGAGAUAGAGAUGAAGCCAUAGCUAAGAAGAACCUGAUGGAGGCGGAGCUGGUGAGGAGUAAGAAUGACAUGAUGUGUCUGAACAACCAGCUGCUGGAGGCUAUACAACGCAAGUUGGAGCUGUCUCAGGAGCUAGAGGCCUGGCAGGACGAUAUCCAGAUCAUCAUCAACCAGCAGCUGAGGACCCAGCAGCAGUUGGAGCAGGUCGAGAAGAAGCCUGCCUCUAACCCCAUGUCCUUCUGGAGGAGACCCAGCACAGCUUCCUCCACCAGGUCCCGCCGGCCCUCCUCCUCCCCCGCUUCCUGGACCUCAGAAGCUGGGCAAGAGAAGCCCCAGUCCCCCUGGAGAAACUGGCUUCGACGGGGCAAGGCGACACAGCCAGGCAAAUAGUAAGCUGGAAUGUCUGUUGCUUCACCUUGGAGGACUGGCACAUAGCACAGAAAUGUCUUGACCAGCUGGCCAUUGAAGAAGGCGAGUUGAGUCAUCAAGGCAAGAACAAGCUGGUGGAACACUACUGAGUGGAACUAUCAGUCUUGGUAGAUAGAGUACCAAGCAAAACAGGACAGGCUGAACACUCAGUAAUGUUAUAUAGUAGACUUCAGUAGAGUAUUAGAAUUCAAGACCAUGGUGUGUUGGAAACAAGGACCAGAUACGAGCCCUAAUGGACAAAGAGUUAUCAGUAAGUAGACAGUAGUUUCCCCACUGUCACUGAGAAUAACCUAAGAACAUUCAAAGCAUGUUAGAGCAGGUUAAAAAGCCUCUAGCAUGGUAAAUACUAGAAUGGCCAGGGAGUCACACACUAGGAUAGUAACUGCUAGCAUCGCCAGGGAGUCACACACUAGGAUAGUAACUGCUAGCAUGACCAGGGAGUCACACACUAGGAUAGUAAUUGCUAGCAUGACCAGGGAGUCACACACUAGGAUAGUAACUGCUAGCAUGGCCAGGGAGUCACACACUAGGAUAGUAACUGCUAGCAUCGCCAGGGAGUCACACACUAGGAUAGUAACUGCUAGCAUGGCCAGGGAGUCACACACUAGGAUAGUAACUGCUAGCAUGACCAGGGAGUCACACACUAGGAUAGUAAUUGCUAGCAUGACCAGGGAGUCACACACUAGGAUAGUAACUGCUAGCAUGACCAGGGAGUCACACACUAGGAUAGUAAUUGCUAGCAUGGCCAGGGAGUCACACACUAGGAUAGUAACUGCUAGCAUGACCAGGGAGUCACACACUAGGAUAGUAAUUGCUAGCAUGGCCAGGGAGUCACACACUAGGAUAGUAACUGCUAGCAUGGCCAGGGAGUCACACACUAGGAUAGUAAUUGCUAGCAUGACCAGGGAGUCACACACUAGGAUAGUAACUGCUAGCAUGGCCAGGGAGUCACACACUAGGAUAGUAAUUGCUAGCAUGGCCAGGGAGUCACACACUAGGAUAGUAAUUGCUAGCAUGGCCAGGCAGUCACACACUAGGAUAGUAACUGCUAGCAUGGCCAGGGAGUCACACACUAGGAUAGUAACUGCUAGCAUGGCCAGGGAGUCACACACUAGGAUAGUAACUGCUAGCAUGGCCAGGGAGUCACACACUAGGAUAGUAAUUGCUAGCAUGGCCAGGGAGUCACACACUAGGAUAGUAACUGCUAGCAUGGCCAGGGAGUCACACACUAGGAUAGUAACUGCUAGCAUGGCCAGGGAGUCACACACUAGGAUAGUAAUUGCUAGCAUGGCCAGGGAGUCACACACUAGGAUAGUAACUGCUAGCAUGGCCAGGGAGUCACACACUAGGAUAGUAAUUGCUAGCAUGGCCAGGGAGUCACACACUAGGAUAGUAACUGCUAGCAUGGCCAGGGAGUCACACACUAGGAUAGUAAUUGCUAGCAUGGCCAGGCAGUCACACACUAGGAUAGUAACUGCUACCAUGGCCAGGGAGUCACACACUAGGAUAGUAACUGCUAGCAUGGCCAGGGAGUCACACACUAGGAUAGUAACUGCUAGCAUGGCCAGGGAGUCACACACUAGGAUAGUAAUUGCUAGCAUGGCCAGGGAGUCACACACUAGGAUAGUAACUGCUAGCAUGGCCAGGGAGUCACACACUAGGAUAGUAACUGCUAGCAUGGCCAGGGAGUCACACACUAGGAUAGUAAUUGCUAGCAUGGCCAGGGAGUCACACACUAGGAUAGUAACUGCUAGCAUGGCCAGGGAGUCACACACUAGGAUAGUAAUUGCUAGCAUGACCAGGGAGUCACACACUAGGAUAGUAAUUGCUAGCAUGACCAGGGAGUCACACACUAGGAUAGUAACUGCUAGCAUGGCCAGGGAGUCACACACUAGGAUAGUAAUUGCUAGCAUGACCAGGGAGUCACACACUAGGAUAGUAAUUGCUAGCAUGGCCAGGGAGUCACACACUAGGAUAGUAACUGCUAGCAUGGCCAGGGAGUCACACACUAGGAUAGUAAUUGCUAGCAUGACCAGGGAGUCACACACUAGGAUAGUAAUUGCUAGCAUGACCAGGGAGUCACACACUAGGAUAGUAAUUGCUAGCAUGACCAGGGAGUCACACACUAGGAUGGUGAGUUACGACAACGAAAGAUGCUUAGAUGUUGUGCCCGUCUUCUGCCUUAUAAUGAAGUCAUUGAUGCCCGAGAUUGUAAACGUAUGUGUGAAUGUCAACGUUUGAAAGAAUACUGACAGUAUUUGCUCAGACUAAUUAUUUCAUCCAAGCAAGUUGAUAGAGUGACUGGACUCCAAUCAUAACACAUAAUGAAUGUUGUAAAUAUUUAGGUUUUUAGAAACACAGAGGAUCCAGAUCUAAUUGAUAUUCCACUCACUACAGUCUUUUCAAAAGAUGUAAUAAGAUGAAAUGUUGCCUGCUGUCGAUGCAAAAGGUUUGCCAUUAUGUAUUCAUAGAAAACAGGCCUUAGUAGAACAUAACCAAAUACAAAAUUGGUGCUCAUAAAUAAACCAAUCAUCUACAGAAUGUCAUGAAAUGUUGUGGGAACUAGAUACAUUAUGAAAUAUGUCCAAAAUGCAUUUCUUGCAUUGCAUUCUUACCUUAUGUGCCUUAGUUUUUGCCACACUACUGAAGGGGACAUUUUGGGGUAAGGGUGCAAUAUAGAUCAAUAUAGAUCAACGAUAUAGAUCAACUCUAACUAGGAUGGUAAGGUCAUAUAAGGUAUCAAAGUACCAGAAUAUUCUAAUGGACCGAAUGCAUGCAAUAUGCUGUCAAUACAUGAUGUAAGUUGGUCCUGUUGUUCAUCAACAUUUGCUAAUUGUUUAUUUUCAUUUAUGUUUUUAUUGACAGAAUCAGAAUGUCCUCAGAUUAUUUGAUUUAGUGAAAAACACAGGACAAUGUUGAUUGAAUGACUGAAACAUCUAGUACUUGCACCUGUUAUUACUGAAGAAAUAUAGCAAAAAUCUAGAUUCAUGUGACUUAUUGUUGUAAUAUAUGAAUGUUAUCAAAGUCCAUGCAUGUUGUUGUGCAUCAUGAUGUAUGUAGUUUAUGUAUUAUGUAUGUAGAUGGUGUUUAUGUAAAUAGUAAGUGACUUGCCUAGUUAAAUAAACAAAAAAUCUAUACUUUAAAAAAAAUUUAUUAGUGAACACAGAAUGUCCUUUACACUGAAAAUAAAGUCAUGUUUCAUACAGUA